AUGGAGCCUGGAAUGGACAUCGACGUCCCCGAGGCUCGGGGCACGAAACGGCCCAUUGAUGAUACUGAGGGUCCUCGUAAACCCAGAAAGAUCAGAGCGUUAGACCCAGAUGUCGUGAACAAAAUUGCGGCAGGGGAAAUCAUUGUUGCCCCGAUGCAUGCACUUAAAGAGUUGAUAGAGAACGCAGUCGAUGCCGGAUCGACUUCGAUUGAGAUUCUUGUGAAGGAAGGGGGUCUCAAACUGCUUCAAAUUACAGAUAAUGGUCACGGGAUUGAUCGCGAUGACCUUCCCAUUCUCUGCGAGAGGUUCACUACUUCGAAGCUAAAGGAAUUUGAGGACCUUUCGUCAAUAGCCACAUAUGGGUUUCGUGGCGAAGCUCUGGCUAGUAUCAGCCAUAUCGCCCAUCUCACUGUCACCACGAAGACGGCUGACUCAAGCUGUGCUUGGAGAGCUCAUUAUGCCGAUGGAAAGCUGGUCCCUCCCAAACCAGGGCAGAGCGCAGCUCCUAAGGCCACUGCGGGGCGUGGAGGGACGCAGAUCACAGUCGAAGAUCUGUUCUAUAAUGUGCCUACCAGACGCAGAGCAUUUCGUUCAGCCAGCGAAGAGUACGCCAAGAUCCUUGAUGUAGUCGGCCGCUACGCUGUACAUUGCUCUGGUGUUGCUUUUUCAUGCCGUAAACAUGGUGACGCUGGCGUCAGCAUCUCUACGGCGGUUGCUCUCAACACCAUUGACCGAAUCCGCCAAAUCCAUGGAAGUGCAGUGGCCAACGAGCUGGUUGAGUUCAGCGUCAAGGACGAAAAGUUAGGCUUCACGUCAUCUGGACUCGUCACAAAUGCAAACUACCAUGUCAAACGAACCACCAUCCUACUCUUCAUAAAUCACCGCUCGGUUGAGUCCACCGCUAUUAAGCGAGCCGUCGAGCAGACAUACGCCAGCUUCCUACCUAAAGGCGGCCACCCUUUUGUCUACAUCGACCUCGAGAUUGAGCCACAUCGGCUAGACGUAAACGUGCAUCCCACAAAACGAGAGGUCAACUUCCUUAACGAAGACGAAAUCAUCGACAACAUCUGCGCCGAAAUCAGAUCCAAGCUCUCUCAAGUUGACUCCAGCCGGACAUUCCUAACCCAGACACUCCUGCCCUCUAUCCAGACCCCCAAACGGUCAAGCCAAGUCCAAGACGCUGAUGCAGCCCCUAAAACACCCGCCCCGACCAAAAAGCCGUACGAAAACAGCCUCGUCCGCACAGACUCCCGUGUCCGCAAAAUAACCUCCAUGCUCUCCCCUGCAACCAGUCAACCCCCAUCCGCAACGCUCAACCUCGAGGGCCAACUGGAAAAUACUCAAACCGUUCUUGACGACGGACUCAUCUAUACAACAACCGACCGCGAACCGCUCAAAAUAGCCCUAACUUCCGUAAAAAACCUCCGUGCGGCCGUGCGGUCCUCAAUGCACCAGUCUCUCACCGAAACCAUUGCUUCACACACAUAUGUUGGCCUCGUCGACGUAAACCGCCGCAUCGCAGCCGUGCAAGCCGGCGUCAAACUCUAUCUUAUCGACUACGGCAUGUUCUGCGCCGAGUUCUUCUACCAGCUUGGUCUCACUGAUUUCGGCAACUUCGGGACGAUCCAGCUAGAACCGCCGCCUAAAUUAAUAGAUCUGCUACAUAUAGCAGCGGAGUCCGAGCUGCAGCAAGCUAGCGAGGAUUAUGAAGAGAAAAGGGAGAUAUUUUCGGCCGCCCCAGAGCUCGUAGCGAAAACGCUCAUUGAUAGGAGGGAAAUGCUCUCCGAGUAUUUCUCUAUCCAAAUCUCAGACGACGGAUACCUGCUUACUAUCCCCUUAUUGCUGAAGGGCUAUGUCCCUUGCCUAGGUAAACUACCGCGGUUUCUGCUUCGUCUCGGUCCGUACGUCGACUGGACAAGCGAGGAAGAAUGUUUCCGCACGUUUUUGGCUGAGCUCGCGGCAUUCUAUACACCCGAGCAGCUGCCUAGAAUGCCGCCAUCAGAAGAAUUGAGAGCCGAGUCUAGAGCUUCACAGGGGCACUCGGACGCUGGUGACGCAGACGCCGAUGCAGAGAAUGAGUUCGUUAGCAAGCGCAGGGUGCAGCUAGCGAGCGCGUUAGAACAUGUGAUCUUCCCCGCGUUGAGGGCGCGAUUGGUUGCUACGACGAAGUUAUUGAGGGGUGCUGUGGAGGUAGCGGACCUGAAGGGAUUGUAUCGGGUGUUUGAACGAUGCUAA